AUGAAUGAAAAAGAUUGGAGGAUGAUUGAUGCUUCAAGUGGUGGUGACAUCUUCAACAAAACCCUUCACGAGAUCCGAUUACUUUUUGGUACCAUUUCUCAAAAUCAAAGGAAUUUUGGGACUCGAAAUGACAUGAAGAGAAAUUCUACACAAGUGGUUGGUGAAGUUAGCAACACUCAACAUUUGGAAUCAAAGCUCUUGGAUUUGACUAAUGUGUUAAGUCAAAUGGUGGUGGGGAGUGGUCAACAAUUGAUGGUAUGUGGUAUUUGUGCAAUGACGGGCCAUUAUACGGAUAAGUGUCCCACACUUGGAAGUGAACCGGAAGAUGUAAAUGCAAUGGGCGGAUAUCAAAGUCAACCAAGACCCAUGGGAUUUCAAAAUAAUUUCAACCCAAAUUGGAGGAAUAACCAAAACAACCCUUAUCCACCAAAGCAAAAUCCACCAAAUAUUUUGAUGAGACCCCAACAUCCACAAUACCAAUCCCAAAAACCUCCAUAUCCACAAAAUUCUGAUAACCCUCCAAAUUACCAACAACCUCCACAACAAGGCCAAUCAAGUGGUACCCAUCAAAUGAGCCUUCAAGAACUUGUCACUUCUCUUGAUCAAAGCCAAACCCAAUUUCAACAAGAAACCAAGAAUACUUUCUCCAACAUUCAAGUACAAAUUGGAGACUUGGCAACCGCUCUCAACAAGAUAGAACAAAGGGGUAGACUUACAUCUCAACCCGAGAAGAACCCCAAUGUUGAAGCUACUCCAAAGGAACCGGUUGUACCAAACGUUGAUCAACCCGACUCUUCCAACAAACCCAUCAAACCAUUGGUCAUACCACCUCCCUUCCCUUCCCGGUUAGCCUUUUCCAAGAAGAUAGAGGAAGAAAAUGAAUUAUUUGAAACUUUUCGCAAGGUCCAAAUCAACAUUCCACUAUUGAAUGUUAUUAAGCAAAUUCCAAGUUAUGCAAAAUUCCUCAAGGAUUUAUGCACCAAGAAGAGAAAAUUCAAGGCAAAUGAAAAGAUUCAAGUCAAUGCAAAUGUGUCUGCGGUUAUCCAAAAGAAGUUACCUCCUAAAUGCAAGGAUCCGGGAAUAUUUGCUAUCCCUUGUACCAUUGGUGAUUUGCAUGUCGAAAGUGCUAUGUUAGAUCUUGGAGCCUCGAUCAAUGUGAUGCCAUAUUCGGUUUUUCAAUCUCUCAGUGUUGGAACUUUGGAAGAAACGGGAGUCAUCAUUCAAUUAGCAGACAAGUCAAGUGUGUCUCCAAGAGGAAUGUUGGAGGAUGUGUUAGUACAAGUUAAUCAACUUGUUUUUCCGGUGGAUUUUUAUGUCAUUGAUCUUGAAGAGAAGACUCCUUCCAAAUCAUCUAUGAUCCUCCUUGGAAGACCUUUCAUGCAUACUGCUCACACAAUCAUUGAUGUCCAUAAAGGAAAGAUAACUAUGGAGUUUGAUGGAGAAACCAUUCACUUCAACAUCUUUGAAGGAAUGAGGUACCCUAGCAACAUUUCUCCAUUGUAUCGGGUUGAUGCGAUUGAGCCAAUAAACAUGAUAAGCCCUAAUGUAUGCACAGACAAGAUAAUCAUGGAAGAUGAUUAUAAUCCUAAGAGGGAACCUCAAAGAAGAUUGGAUCCUCCAAUGAUGGAAGUGGUCAAGAAGAAGAUAAUUAAAAGGUUCAAAAGGUGCAAAGAGAAGAAAAAGGCAUUUCAUGACAAGCACAUAACCCAAAACAUUUUAUUCCGGGUCGAAAAGUUCUUCUUUAUCAUUCGCGGUUAA